AUGUCUCGCGGCUCGUGUGCGGAGGUGUGCGACAGUGACACUAAAACACUCGUUACCGCCUUUAGAUCGUGGCUCCAAGCUCAUGAGGACGCUCAAGUGAUGUUAGCUAGCAUCCUGGUAGUGGUGGGGUUGUGGUGGCUUGUGCGUGCUGUCCUCGCUCUCAUCAUAAACCUCGUCUGUCCCAUCCUCGUGGUUUUACUAGCUGUGGUCUGUGUUCCGCAACUCCGAGCGCCUUUACUGGGUCAGAACUAUCCGCUUCUAGCGAAUCUUAUCAAGAGCAUAUUGUUAAAGAUGGCUGAAAAUAUCAAAACU